AUGGUAGCACUUGUUGGUCUGUUCAACAAGAGUGCACGCGGCGAGGCCAAGACAACAGCGCAGAUCCAUGAAAAGUCGCCGGGCUGCCACGUCUCGGUGUUCUACCACAUGGGCUUUGCGCAGCUCAUGCUCGAGGACUUUUCCGCGGCGAUCCGGUCCUUUUCGACCAUCAUCUUGCAAGUGAACCGCAAUCGGAACUACUACUCGCGUUUUGCCGAUUACGAACAGCUACAUAAGCUGACAGAAAAGGCGAUAGCGCUGCUCGCUAUUGUUCUGUUUCUAUGUCCGGGCCAGCGUGUUAACGAUCAGAUCCAUUCGCUCAUCCGUGAGAAGUAUGGUGACAACCAAAGCAAGUUACAAAAAGGUGACGUGUCUGCUCUCAGCGAACUGUUUGGCUUCUCUUGUCCCAAGUUUAUCUUGCCCGCUGUGGCCGUCGAGGGUGAAGCCGUUGUUCAUUGUAGCGCCGAGGCUUUGCAGCGGCAGCAAAAAGCCUUUAGCGAUAUGGUGGCCCGUCAACAGCACAUUCCUGCUGUGCGCUCGUAUAUCAAGCUCUACCGCUCCAUUGAUGUACGAGCGCACAGCAGGAAUGUGCUGUUGACGGGCCACCAUAUCGCUAAAGGCUUUUUUUGA